GAGUUAAGCAGGAGUCUGUUGAUAUUUCAGAGUUGCUCUGAACCCCGGCAGUCAGAGGGAGGGAGCCUCUUGAUUGGCCAAGUUCCUGUUGGUAGUAAUAGCGGAUCAGAUAUCAAACUUCUGUCUUUCCUAAAGACCCUUUAGGGAUAGUCAGCUCCCUGCAAGACUAUGACAUCAGUCAGGACACCCGGUGAUGUUGCUGAUAGUAAACUCUGAGAAAGGAGGGGUCUGCUAGCUAAAAGUUAAUUAGCCCAACACAGUGCAAGGGCAUGUAGUAGGCUUUUCUGGAGGGUCAGUGCUGGAUGGGACCAAACUUUGCCUAAGUCACCCUUCUGCUGCUUUCUGCAAUCACCUACACUCGAAGGAAGGCUAGAUGAAUUGUGAUCCCUUGGUCGUGGUCAGCUUCUCUUCUUGGAGCCGGUUAAUGGUUUGAGCUGGGGGCUUUCUGGCACUGGGAAUUAUCACAAGGCAUCACUCACCAUGACACUCCUGGGGUCUGAGCAUUCUAUGCUGAUUCGGAGCAAAUUCAGAUCAGGUAGGGCUAACACCGCAAGAAUUUCUCUUAAAACUUCCCUCUCCUGCAAGCCUCAGCUGGAGACUGUUUCUCAUUAAACAGCUUGCAAGUAAAAUAACCAGGGAGUCGUAAAGCUGUCAAGGGCUUGCUCUCACAGAGGCUACUCUGCAAAUGAAGAAAUGCAUUUUCCUUUCUGUCUGCUCCCUCUCUUUCUGCUGUUUCACUACUUACAAUUUAUGUCUGUCGUCUAGCUUAUUAAAAAACAAACAAACAAACCCUGACCCUCUACUAUUCUGAGUGAUCCUGAUCCAUGCGUGUAUAUGGAUAUCUGUUUACAUAUAUCCAUAUCCAUAUAUAUGGGGAGACCUGUAUCAGAAAUCCAUACAGGCUGUCUUGACAAGUGGUGUAUCUCCUCCCAUCCCUCCAAGUCAGGUGCUGACCUGUCUAUGCCGGCCUUGAUGUUUUACUCCAGCAUCCAGGCAGCCAGCUUUGUUCCUCUAGGGUUGUGACUAAUUGGACAAACAUGAAUUUGCAGAAAGGCAUCAAUUUUUUUUAGAAGUACAAAUAACAAAUGGAACAUGCAAAAUAUUUAAAAUGACAUCACCAGAGAAAUAAAGCUAGAGCCAAACGACCGAUUGCCGUUUUCUGAAGCUUUGCAACAAAAAACAUGUACCAGAUCUCCAGAGAGGGUUGAAGCCCCAUUGAGGGCUUCUUCGUUGAGGACUUCCAGCGUGAAUAAGUUUUACAGUUGCGGCUGCAGCAGCGAAGAAGCAGAGAGCAGCUUGCCAACCAGGGAAUCAUGCCACCCCUGAAAAGCCCCUCACCCUUCCAUGAGCAAAAGAAGUGCUUGGAGAGAGCCAAGACUGAAGAUUAUUUAAAGCACAAGAUCCGAAACAGACCUGAGCAUUCCGAAUUGGUGGAUAUGCACAUUUUGCAGGAUUCAUCUGCAGAAGAGUCCAUUCAAGCUACUCAGAUGAAACUGAAAAGAGCUCGUCUUGCGGACAAUCUGAAUGAAAAAAUUGCUCUGAGGCCCGGUCCUCUGGAGCUGGUGGAGAAAAAUAUCAUUCCUGUUGACUCAGCUGUGAAAGAGGCCAUCAGAGGUACCCAGUCAAGCUUCUCUAAAUCUUCCGAUGCCUUUGCUUUUGAAGAAGAUAGCAGCAAUGAUGGGAUGUCCCCAGAACAAGUCAGAAAUGAGGAUUCUCAAGGAUCCGCAGAAUCAGCAUCAGGAACAAAAAUUUCUGAAGGAGCAUUCUCUGCAAUGUCAGAAACAACUCAGGGUCACUCCCAAGGCUCUGAAAAUGAUGCCGCUGAUUCAACUUCUCUGCAGAAUAGCCAGCCAGAAAGUCCGAAAAAUCUGAAUGGGCAGCAGGCAUCUCCUGUCCCUAUUGUGGCCACCUCUGCAAAGUCCAAAUCAUCCAGUGAUAGCAAAAAUCGUCACAAAAAGCCCAAGGAGAUGAAGCCCAAAGUGAAGAAGCUGAAGUAUCACCAGUACAUUCCCCCGGACCAGAAAGCGGAGAAGUCUCCUCCUCCCAUGGACUCGGCCUAUGCAAGGCUCUUGCAGCAGCAGCAGCUCUUCCUGCAGCUGCAGAUUCUCAGCCAGCAGCAGCAGCAUCGACAUCAGCAGCAUUUCAACUAUCCUGGGUCACAUUCCACUCAGCUGAAGCAACCAAAUGAGCAAAUGGCCAAAACUUCAAGCUCCUCCCCAACAACGACCAGCAGCAGCCCUCUUUCUCCUGUGAAGGGAACCUUUUCCGGCCAGUCCUGCAUUUCCUCUCUCAAGCCGGGUCCUCUCCCAUCCAAUCUGGAUGACUUAAAAGUGUCAGAGCUGCGGCAGCAGCUGCGAAUAAGGGGCCUCCCUGUAUCUGGAACAAAAACAGCCUUGAUGGAACGCCUGCGGCCCUUCCAAGAGUGCAGUGGGGGCUCAGUGCCAAGCUUCAAUGAAAUAACAACUGUUACCUUCCCAGUGACCCCAGCAAGCUCUCUCUCCAGCUACCAGUCACAGUCCUCGACCAGCCUUUUGUCCAAUGGCUUCUACCACUUUGGCAGCACCAGCUCUACUCCGCCCAUCUCCCCAGCUUCCUCCGACCUAUCCAUGAAUGGCUCCUUGCCAGACAGUUUCAAUGAAGGACCAAUGUCUUCCCCGCCAUUUGUCUUGCACCCUUCUCCCGUGCAAGGCGGUUGUGAAGAGAGCCUGAUGGGAGGUGUGAGUGGGGCUGGCAUCCCGCUUGAUGUAGAAAGGGUUGACACAGAGAAAGACAAGAUGCUGGUAGAAAAGCAGAAGGUCAUCAAUGAACUAACUUGGAAAUUGCAACAGGAGCAGAGGCAAGUGGAGGAGCUGAGGAUGCAGCUCCAGAAGCGCAAAAGAAGCCAUGGCUUGGAGGAGAAGCAGGCUCCGUCGCGUUUCUUUGGCUUUCCAAUCAAGCAGGAAAACACGGCGUCCAGCUGUCCAUUUGCCUCGAAACAAGCUUCCCUGAAAAGUCCGGCCAGCAGCUCUGACACACUGAGCAAUAGUGGGACACCUCAGCUGCCCCGACUUGUAAAUAGCCAUUGCAUGGAGUCUUCGGGACAAAAUGGCAUGCUGUCCUCCACUUUCCUAAGUCCACAGUGCUCUCCCCAGCAUUCUCCACUAGAGGCAGCAAAGAGUCCGCAGCACAUCAGUCUUCCACCCUCACCAAACAGCCAUUACCUCCUCUCUGUGUCCCCGAACACUCAGGGAGAAAGACGCAGCAGUUCUCCACAGCCCAGCACCCGUCUGUGCACGGCUCCGGUGCCAACACAAGGAGGUCCAAAGUAUUCCAUGUUGUCCCCCAGCUUUUGUAAGUCAAAUGCUUCCCUCGCAGAGGGAAAGCAACCACCUGCCUAUGCAGAUGCUGUGAAACAGCAGAUGACCCGAAGUCAGCAGAUGGAUGAGCUGUUGGAUGUGCUUAUUGAAACUGGAGAAAUGCCUGCCAAUGCCAAAGAGGAACGCUCUUGCCUUCAGAAGAUGCCUCAGAUAACAGUCUCUUCAGGAACCUCCGGAACAUCCUCACUACUGAAGGCGUCAGCUUCAUUUGAGCAAGCUUCCUCAAGUCAGCUCUCCUUUGAACACUGCCCUAGCAGCAAUGACAGUCAUCUGGAAAUUUUGUUGAAUUCCCACAGCCCCCUUGGGCGGUCAAGUGAAGUCACCCUCCUAAAGGUGGGUGGCGAGGAACCUCACUUUGAAGGGGUGAUGGAAGGAUUUUCUAGCAAAGCUGCUGAUGAACUGCUCACGCCCCAUGAGAUCCUGCCGACUCCCCUUUCCCCCAUGGAGACCCCACUGUCUCCCUCUUCUGUUGAAGGAUCAGGCUUGCACAUGAGCUUCACGGAAUCACCAUGGGAAACAAUGGAAUGGCUGGACCUGACUCCACCCAGCUCAGCCAACGGCUUUGGUUCCCUCGCCACCGCGGGGCCCAGCCUCUUCAACAUCGAUUUCUUAGAUGUUACUGAUCUCAACUUGAACAGCACCAUGGAUCUGCAUUUGCAGCAAUGGUGAACCCUGUCAGCCCCACGAAUGGGAUGCAGGCAACCACAUGCCCUUUCCACAUAAGGGAUUGAGCAACUAUGUCAAAGAGCUCUGGUACCAUCCAAGGAGAAGAAACUGGAGUCACUUUUCCCAGAACACAAUUUCUCUUUUCACUAUAAAUGGAAUCACCAAAAAAUUAAGCCCCCAAAACUCACAAAAUCAUCAUCAUCCACUUCUAGCACUGGAUCCUGCUAUUCCUCCUCCUUUUUCUUUGUGAGCAAAUCCAAGCCCUGUGAAACUUAGCUAACUUUUGUAAUUUACAAACCUAUUGCAAGGGAGACUCCCUCUGUAAUGGAACUGUAUUGGGUACACACCUGUCAGUGUUAUCCCUAAUGUAUCUAUCGGCCUUAGCAAGGUAUUGUGCUGAACUGCCCUACUAGCUAUUGAGCGCCAACCUUUGAUUCCCUUGUGGCUUCCAGUACACUGUCUGGGAAUCACUGCCUCUUAUUCUUAACACAUGUAUGAGCUCUUCUCUUCUCUUCUCUUCUCUUCUCUUCUCUUCUCUUCUCUUCUCGUCUGUCAGCCCACAAAGCAUGAUCAGACCAAAGUUCUUGCCAUUUUUUCACAACUCAAACCAUCCUUUCAAGUUGCUCUCUCUUUGCCCUGUCCCUCUUACGUUACUGCUGUUUAAAGGCACCUUAACAGAACUGAAACAAUGUGACUUAUUUUGUGAUGGGCACUCUCUUUGGAAAGAAAUCCAGAGUAGAAAAGAGUCUAGUGCAGACAUCAGGAAGAACAGGCUCUUCUGUAGCCUUCAUAAAUUGUCUGUUUCAAGGUACAGUCCUUCUUUACAUACUUUGAUAUAUUUAAUGCUUAAUUUAAAAUAUAAACAUAAUUUGAUAUUCAUAUAAAUAAAACUAUAAUAUUUCAGCGCAAUUCCACACAAGAUUCAUCAUUCAAAUCAACCAUAUUCUUAAAUAUUUGAUAUUUAAAAUAUUAAAAAAUAUAUUCUCCAUAAAACGAGCAUACAAAAUUCACUCAUUCACAAAAUUAAUAAUCAGAUCAUCUACAGAAAAUUUCCAACAAGCAAUAAAAUAACCAUCAGUUUUUGCUUCUUAGUAAAACUCCAGAAUUUUCCCUUGACCACAAGUAUCAUUCAUCAUGUCUGUCAGGGAGUUUUCUAAAACUAAGACCUCGUAAAUCUAAGCUUUUGCAAUUGUCAUGUGCUGUCAUGUUGUCUCCAGCUUAUGGUAACCCUGUGAAUGAAGGCCCUCCAGAAAGCCCUGUUCUUGCCAGCCCUGCUCAGCUCUUACCAACUCAAGGCUGUGGCGUCCUUUAUGGAACUGAUCCAUCUCACCUUUGGUCUUCCUUUUCUUCUCCUGCCUUUGGCUUUUCCUAGCAUGAUUGUCUUCCCUUGCGAGUCUUGCCUUCUCAUGAUGUGUCUCAAGUGUGGCAGCUUCGAAUUUGCCAGGGCAAGUUCUGGCUUGAUUUCAUCUUAGGACCCGCUUGUUCAUCAUUCUGUCAGUCCAGGGUAUUUGCAGAGCUAUCCCCUAGCACCAUGUUCAGAAGGCAUAGUAUUUUUUCCUGUCAGCUUUCUUUACAUCCUUACAUGUGAUUAUUUUUUCUUCAGUGUGGCCCUUCCAAGUCUCAGGCUUCUUUGAAUUACUUGGCUGCAGUCUCCCUUGAGCCAGAAGUAUGCAAGAU